AUGAUACAACAUGAUAAUAAUGAUACUUAUACCACUCCUUUGAGUACAUGGUCAUCAACAACAGACCCAACUACCACCACCACCGCCAACAAACCAUUCUCUCCUCAUUCUAUUGAACCUAUUCCUCGACUUUCUGUGAGCAGCAGCACCACCACAAGUUCAGCUGAAAGCACAAUCUCGUCAACCAACAAUGACGAUCCUGAACAACCCCCUUCCAAACGACAACUCAUUGCAGGCCAUGUACGAUCGUUGAGCAUUGCCCUCUUUCGCUUCCUUUUAAAAAACAACAAUUGGGCCCUUGUCGUCAAUCUCUUGCACCAUUUAUGGGGCGCACGCAAACUGGUCAUUAAGAAAGCACCUCAGGCACAACGACUAGGAGGCUCUGUUGCCAAGGACGCACUUCGUGUCAUUGCUACCAUGCACCUUGCUUUUGCCACCCUGACAGGCCUGGCUCUUAGACACAAACGAGUCUCCACAGACCGAUCCACGUUAUUAGUAUUGGCUCUCGUUGCUCUUGGUCAAGCAUGGACUUAUACACGAUCGUUUUGGCAAUCAGGCACAACGCUGACAGUAAAGGCAUUACGACGAUCCGGUCUCCUCGAUACCUUUGUUUUUGCCGUAUCCAGUUUAGCUUUUUCAAAGACACUAAGACGAUCAGGUCGUUUGUUUUAA